AUGACAGAUACUUUACUGCCACCAGUAAUGUAUAAUAAGAAUAGCUAAGGGAAUAAUAACUAGAUAAUAGGAUAAGGUAAUUGUGGUUUGAACGUUUAAUAUAAUAAUUAAAGUAUGCUAUCACAUGUUGAUUCUGAGGUUUCCAAGUAUAACUCAUCUAGUGAGUCACCAAUGAUCAAAAGAAAAAAGCUACUAAAACAAUUAGAUUAAUCUUUUUUUAUUAGAUUGCUACAACUUGAGGAGUAGAUAAGCAAAAAAUAUUUAACUAAGGAGAUAAUUAAUGAAAUAGUGAAUCUCUAUGCGAAAUGUGUGGAGUAUUACGACUCCAUUUAAGAUCAUAUUAAAAUAUAUUUUCUUGAGAAGAUACAAAUAACGCUCAGCAGCAUAGAAUCUUUGAGGGUUAUUUACAGCUCAGAUGAGAAUUCAGCUUAAAAGACUUAGAGCAAGUAUUAGAAUUAAUCAGAUACUCCAAAUUAUAGCUAAAAAAAGAAAAAAUAGAAUAAUAUCUAGAAGAAUAAACUCACUAUUAAUAAAUUUUAAACUGAAAGUUCUCUCAAUACAGAUCAAAAAAGUUAAUAAUAUUCAUCUUACAAUGAAUAAUCUUCAGAUAUUCAACUCAAGUCAAAUAAAAACUAAAUUCCUAAUUGUGCAUCAAAAUCAAAGAUAGAAAAUGUUUAAGUGAGCGAUUUUUUUUCUCCAAAACCAUCUUAGCAGACAAAUGGGUUAUUGUAAAAUAAAACCAGCCAAAAAAUAAUAGCAGAUUUAAUUAAAAGCAGCAGUAGCAAAUAAAGAAAACUGGAAAAAUAAAAUUAAAAUUCCCUUUAGAAAAAUGAAUAGUUGCAAGAUUUGAAAUUGAAUUAAUUUAAGCAAACAGAUACUUCUCCAAGUAGUCUUGUGGCUUUGAAUUAAUCUUCGAGAAAAUCUAUUCAUUCUAGCAGAUGCUCAUCUUUGACCAAAUAAAGUCCAAGCUUAAUUAAAAAUAUUUAGGAUUUUCAAAGCUCAUUUUAAAACAACUAAAGCAGCUACAUGAAAGAAAGUUUUCUUGAAGAAGACAGUUGCCUUGCAAACAGAAACAGACUAAGAUUUACAUUGAAUCCUAACAACUUUUUACAAUGUGACUUGAAUAUCUCUGAUUUAAAUCCUGAUUUUAGCCUCACAAAUACCUCUCAUAAUUCCAGAAUAGAUAUCAAUGCCGGCAACGAAGAAAAAAACUCUUGCAAUAAAUCUAAAUUAAUCGAGCAUGGCAAAGCUCUUUUCAAUAAAAAUCUAGAGAGACAAUUCUUAAACAGCAUAAAAUUCAGCUAAUUUGAAAAUUAAAAUGUCAUCCCAAAGCAAACUUCAUAAAGUGAAGUACAAGACCUUUUCUUCCGUCCUUCCCCCUCAAUCCCUUCAAACAACAAACCGAACUAAGAAGAAAGAACUAUCUUAGGAGUGAUAAAAUAAAAUACAAAUAACAAUUAAGAAACUACAAAAAGCUAAGUUAAAAAACCAAGUUAAAACUUAAAUUAGCUAUUAGAAGACAGUAGCUAAAGAGUGAGAUAAAAAGACAAAGAAAAUCAAGCAACACUUAAACAAAGCAAAAGUCUAGUCAAUUCAAACAGUAAAACAAAUGAAAAAUCUGGAUCAACUACCCUAAACAGCAUCAAUGAAUAUUCAAUCCAAUAGAAAAAAAUUGAAAGGGCAAAGAGAUUUUCUAUGUUCAUAACCAUGCAAAAUUAAAAAAAGCAAAGAGUCAUUAAGCAAGAUUUCAACAAUAUUUUAAAUAGAUUUGAGCAAGAUGCCAUCUAAAAAGAUCAAAUAGUCAAAUCUGAUAUCGAUAACCAAAUGGAAAUUUUAAAAAAAAGGCUUUAAGACAGAAAAUCGAAAAACAUUUAGGAUAAAGUUAUGAAAGACAUUUAAUAAAGAUAGUCUUCUAUAAAAGAUUUAUUUGAAAAUGAAAAUUACGAAAAGGAAUUAAGAAAUGGACUUCAUACAACAAGGUUUUGA